GAUACUUUAGGCGAUACAUCGAUAUUCGUAUUCUCUGAACACAGAACACGUAUGUGUAGAUAUGUGCGUGCGCCAAAAGGGGCAAUGAAAAACUAAAGUUCAAGCUAUGUUGCUUCUCAGCAGCACAAUUACACCAUUUGUUGCUUAACAUACGUUAUGUGUGGGCACCGCUGCAGCAACAACACGGCAACAAAGCAAGCAACAGGAGCACCGUUGCCCGGCACCUCAACAACACGACUUAAGUAUAAAUUUAAAUUAACAGUUACCAUUCCAAGCACACCAAAAUGAUGAUGCAAAUUGUGUGCCUAUUACUUGGCCGACUCCUGCUAAUCUGCAUUGCCGUCAACGAUCUGCUGCAACAGCUCUGGCUGCGAUUGCAUGCGUUUGCUAGCAGGUCAUAUGACUACUGGCAAUGUGAUCAACGGGCGUUUCUGGGUGCCGCUGUGCGCGGCCUAGAAAAGUUGCCACAACACCUGGUGUUGGUUAUCGGACCGGACGACUGUUAUGUGAAUGCAGCACUGCUGAAACGCAUUUUCAGCUACACUCACAUUGUUGGCAUACCCUAUUUAAGUGUGUAUGACACGCGGACACCUGGUAAGGGCUACGUAGAUCUGUCACUUUUCUGUCAGCAAAAUGAAAAGGGCGAUAUGUUCUACCAUUGGCCGUCCCAACAAGUAAAAGAACAAAAACCCCCACAGAAUGGCUAUAAAACUGUUCCAAACGGCACUUCCAAUGGCUACGCCAAUAAAGGUGCGCAUUAUACCCCGCUACAGGUCUGUCAAAUCAGUAGAGCUGAUGGCCAUGCGCUAAUUGCCGAUGUCUGCCGCGAGCUGUACGAAAACCGCCAAACCGCCCAGGUGCAAGCGAUGCUGGAGGAGCGCCAAGCGCUAACCGAUGGCAUUAGUGCCAUAUUGAAUAAGCGGCUGGGACUCGCAGUGCCGGAGCCAGAGCUGGGCAUUGUGUUCUCCAGGCAGACGUGCACAUACGGCUUGCUGCCGUGGCAUGUGCGCUUCACCGAGUUCCAUACGCAUCGCAGCGGUAGCUACUUUGAUGCCAAGUCAUUUGCCAAUGUGCUUUACAAGUAUGCGCGCUGCGAGCAGCGUUGGGGCAAAUAAUGUUGGCUCUUAUGUCCUAAAUUAGUUACUUUACUUUAGAAUAUUAUAUGUAUAUUAGUUUAAGUUAUUGCCUGCAAGUUGUAAAAACAUCCGCUACAAAGUUAAGCAAAAAGUGAAACGUCACA